AUGUACUGGGGGACCCUUGGAACAGUACGACCCUACUCCAAUUUCUACCCUGACAGAGAUGUGAUGGAGAUCGUGACAGCACUGGAAAAUAAAGACACAGUGACGCUACUGAGAAUACUAACCAAUAGGAACAACGCCCAGAGGCAAGUAAUUGCUCAGGUCUUUCAGGAGCUAACACAUAAGGAUAUAAUAACUGCUCUGAAGAAAGCUUUAUCUGGAGACCUGGAGCUUCUUUUGCUGGAACUGUUGAUGCCCCCCGUGGAGUAUGAAGCUUACCGUCUCCAGGAGGCCAUGGUGGGUUUGGGCACAGAUGAAGAAACGCUUGCGGAAAUUCUGAGCACAAGAUCUGGAAAGCAGCUGCAAAGCAUCAGUGCUGCAUACAAAGAAA